ACAGAAGCAAGUACGGAGUCCAACAAGUUUCAAAUAAAAGUAACAAGAAUUGAGUUCCGACACAUUUUUUGAAACAGAAAGUUGAGACAACUCUCCCUCUUCUUUUCACCACUCUCACUGCUGACUGCUGUGGACUGUGGUGGGUGUGAAGGAAAUGGAAGCAAUCAGAAAACAAGCUACUAAGCUCAGAGAACAAGUUGCCAAACAACAACAUGCUGUCUUCAAACAAUUUGCUAGUGGACUGGGUGGCCAAGAUAAUAGUGUUACUGAUGAAGUAGAGUUGCAACAACAUCAAACACUCGAGAAGCUGUACAUUUCUACUCGUGCUGGCAAGCACUUCCAAAGAGACAUUGUCCGAGGUGUUGAAGGCUACAUCAUCAGUGGCUCAAAGCAAAUUGAAAUUGGUACUAGGUUGGCAGAUGAUAGCCGAAAAUAUGGGGCUGAAAAUACAUGUACAAGUGGCAAUACAUUAUCUAAAGCAGCAUUAAGUUAUAGUAGGGCUCAAGCUGAAAUUGAGAAGGAACGUGAGGAUCUAUUGAAAGCCCUUGGGACACAGGUUGCUGAGCCUUUAAGAGCAAUGGUUGUGGGAGCUCCAUUGGAGGAUGCUCGACAUCUUGCUCAGCGCUAUGAUAGAGUGAGGCAGGAAGCUGAAGCUCAG